UUGAAGGCUCAAAGUUAAUGUUUUUGUGUUGGGUGUGUGUGAGAGAGAGAGAUUUGGGUGUUGAGGGGAAUUAGAAACGCAUGAUAAGGAGAGAGAGAAGGGAUCAUUUGAGUGAGGAUGGAUGCUUCUUUCAAUACACAAAACAAGCAUGGGAUCAUGGAUGAUGAACAUGGUCAUCAUCUCUUUGAGUCUUCAUUAUCUUCGUCGUCUGAUCUUUCCAGCGAUUCGGUUGCGUCGUUUCUGUCGGAUUCGACCGAGGAAGUGACUUCUUCUGCAUCGUCUUCUUCGUCAGAUCGGCCAGCUGGGGGGUCUCUUUAUGAGAUGUCCUCUCUCAUGGAACAACUUCCAUUCAAGAGGGGACUUUCAAAGUAUUUCCAAGGAAAAUCUCAAUCAUUUACAUCUCUAUCAAACGUGAAAUGCAUAGAGGAGCUAGCCAAGCCAGAGAACCCUUACAAGAAGAAGCUGAAGUCAUGCAAGAGCUAUGGAGGGGGAUUAGACAGCCACAGAUCACACUCUCCUGGACCAUCUUCUAAGACCAUAUCAAAGAAGUCUUCCAGGAGUUCUUGUUCUUCUCUUAAUGCAAGGAGGAAUGGUUUUUUGGCGAACAGGCCCCCAAUCCCUACUCAUAGAACUAGUUCUCUUUCUAAUCAAACCCCUUUGUUUGCUUGAAGGGUGGAGAUAGUAAUACAAGAAGCUAAUCACAUCCAUCCACACUACCUAUGUAAGAGAGAGAGAGAGAGAGAGAGAGAAGAAGAAGAAGAAGAAGACGACGAAGAAAUUCUUGUAUGAUGGGAGAUCUUAAUUUUAUUUUGUUACUUGGUAUGUACAGAGUGAAAAAAACCCUUUCAUACAGAGUCCUCUUUCAAGGACAGAAACUGUUUUAGAA